UCCCACCCCCUUUUGGCCAGGCUGCUGUCUUACGCCCACGCGAUAGCGACAAUAAAAGUAAUUAGCAUAAAACGGAAACAAGGCGAGCGAGAGACGUGGGAUCAAAUGGUAACAAUAUUAAAAUAAAUAAAUUAAGCAAAUAAAAAAUAAACAUUAGCAAUGAAGGGAAGCGAAAUUAAAAUAAAUAAAUGGUUGGACUGUAGGAUACCCUUCCAGUAGUUACAUAUUACGAUAGAAAAUAUAUCAUAAAAUAAUUUUAAAAUGUGAUAGAUAUCUUUAUAUUAAAAUUACAUAAAACCGGAUUUUUAGAUCAAUGGUUUAUAGAUUUUUAAAAAUAUUUUAUAUCCAUUGUAAGAACCCCCUCUUAUAUAGGGUAUUCCAGACGAAAACAAAUAAUAAACAAAAUGGUAAAUAAAAGCCAAAAAAUGCCGAGCUCAGCACAGGUCACGUAGAGAACGAAAGUGAAAACAAGAACAGAGAAGCCAAGACGCCGCCCAGACGGAUGACUGUAAAGUCUAAUGAGAAAGCUGACCGCAAAACUAUGAUUUGGCUUUUUGGGGGGAGGGUUGGGUGGUGUUACAGAUCGGCAACAACGAUGUCUCAAUUGGCAGAAAGUGAGAGCGCAGCGUUCUGCAUCCGAAAGAUACGUGAACUCAACAAAAGCCAAAUGUCGAUCGGGUUGGGGCAACAUUUCCAUGGAAACCAUCGACCCAAACAGCCGAGUUAAGAUGCUGCUGCUGCUACUAUGGGUGCUACUACUGGGACCUUCAGUUUUCGGUUCGCCUUUGGAAAUUCAACUGCUGGAUAUGAUGUUGCGAGAAGCUGAGGGUUAUCCCAGCAAUGGUCGGGAUCAGAGAGAUAUAUCCGUUCUGCCAGCAACUUCCAUAGGGUGCGAUGAAAGCGGCUCUGAGGAGCAAUUCAAAAAUUUAUUCGAGGACUAUGAGGAGAGCAAAGAGGAGUGUAUGGACUUUUUGCCACCCUGCGAACCAUCUUUCGAGGAGGGAUUACCCAUCGAUCAUCCGUGCUUUAUCAAGUUACUACUCCUAAGAACACCACUGCUUAAACAGGACCCCUGCGCCAAUUUCUCACUGAUUACUGAAAAGCCAAGCACCACAGUGAAACCCAAAGCAAAGAAAUGCAAUCAAAAAAGUAAACCAAAUAAAAAUGUAACAGAAAAUGUACUGGUGGGACUGCCCAGUAAUGGCACCAUAAAUUCAAACACAACUACUCCAAUUAUUUCAACAACGGAAGCAGCACCCAAUUCGAAGAUCAUAAAAAUCAGAAAAUUGGUUCCAAAGAUUAAACCAAACACCACUACAACUACGAGCACGACAACAACUUUAGAAACAACAACCGUAGAGGAAACCACGACACCGGCGGAAACGAGCACCACAGAAGGAGAUCCAGAAACGACCACUGAAGAGGAAACCUCAACAACACCACCAACUACCACAACAAGUACCACGACAACAACUCAACCACCCUUUACCGAAAAUCAAUUAAAACGUUUAAAAGCCGCAAGGCUCAGAAAAAAGAAUUCCAGGGGAAAGUCACCGAAAGUGCCCGAUCCCCCACAGAUCAAAGUAGACAAUGUCAGCCAGCCCAGCGAGGUUAUUCAGGUAAUAAUGACCACCGAAGCUGCCAAUUUGAAGCUUCGACCGGAAGUCAACACCACCACUACGGUCGUGCCCACAACGACGGUUUCCACAACCACUUCCGAACCGGAAACCACCACUACAGAGAGUUGUGCAGAUGAAGAGGAAGCCACCAAGGUGGCGGAAUCUUCAGGAUGCGAAGAUGACGAAGCCACCACCACAGAAGAACCUUGUGAUGACACCGACGAACAGGAUACUAAUCUGUGUCCCCAAUUUAUGCCAACACAAGGGCCCGCUGCACGUCCAAGACCACCUCCGGCAUUUCGAUACCGCAAGCCCGUUAAGAACUAUGUGGAACCCAUUCUGUAUGAGGGUAACUUUGCCAAGCCACUUCAGCGAAUGGCGCCAAUGGGACCCCAGCAGAGGGAUUACUUUGUGUCCAACAAGCAAAUAGUUCCCAGACCCAGGCCGAGAUAUCGAAAACGCAUACCGCCUUCGAUCUAUAUGAACAACAUUGUGAGUGGCUUGGAUUGCAGCGAUGAAGCUGACCAGAAUCCUCCAAGGACUCCCAAUCAGCCACAAAGAUAUUGGGAUAUGCGUCCAUUAGGUUUGCUUAAACGAAGUCAGACUUUGAGGACAUUAAGACCUGAGAGAAACAUGAGAAGUUUUGCACCCGCCCCCAUCAAAAGAAAGCAAAUCUAUCCGAAAAACCCUGAGGAAUCGAUGGAGAGGCAGUACCUGAUGGAAAGGGAUCCUAAGCCCCACUCCCAGUAUCACCAUUAUCCUGAGGAGGAGUUUUCCCAGGAGGAAAGGUUCAUUCCACCGCCCUCGCCCACUCCCAGUAUAGAUCCCUGCCAGCAGGAACACGAUCAUGUCCUUUUUCGUCAGCGACCACAUCGCCAGCAGACCGAUCAUCCACUAGACUAUCCCCAAACAUCACCUUCCUCAUACUUUUUCACCUAAUUAACCUAGUCCAUAAGUUAGCCAAGUAACGCACAGAGCACCCAGUAACCAGUUAACCACCGAAAAUA